AGCCCACCCACCCUCCCCCUCACCAUCCCAAAAGCCCGCUAAGAUCUCAAAACCUGCUAAGGUUUGGAUUAGUCUUAUCUCUUGUCAGGCGUCGCAAGGCUGGAUCGAGGAGCCAGGUUGACCUGGUCUGCACAUAUAAAGUGGCAGGCACAGCCCGACCCCCGUGGGCUCGCCCAGGAAAUUCUCCUCGGUCACACACACAGAUAACGAAACCCUCAUUGUCGCAACAUGCCUUCGAGACCGACAAAUGAAAAUCAGGAUCAGUGCGAACCCCCUCCUCAAUACCGCCCCCCGUCGCCCGCACCCAGUUAUCGUACUCUGGAUAUUCGCAUCCGCGAGUCCUUGUCGAGACCGCGGGUGGGGCUUGCCGGUCGCAUCCUCAAUGCGAUUGUGCCCAGAGCGCGGGCACGCGAUGCUCGCGCAGCCACAGACGCUCAGCCUCCGCCUCGCAGAGAUGCAGCCGUCAUUGCUACGGAUUCAAGGGGGGCAAGCAACGCGGUCGAUAAACCGGUGGUUUCAGCCUCAAAGGAGAAGACCACAAGCCCAACUACAUCCGUUCCGAAACGUACACAAGGGCAGCGACCGGCAGCGACACAACGGAAAGCGAAACAGCCACAAAAAACCGCACCCACAUACACCGAAGCCGAGAUCCAAGAAUUCGAGAUUAUAGGGGAUAAAGCGCGUUUUGCAAUUGAGAAGAAUGACGCGAAGCUUCUCUCCAUACUUCUUGAGGAGAAACACAACUGGAAUACACCUUUACAGGACGGAUCCAGGCUCCUCCAUGUUGCCGCGGCGCUGGGGCGCACAUCCAUUCUCACGACUCUUCUACAACACAAAGUGCACGUUGUCGUCGAGGACACUGACGGAGCGACUCCACUCUUCACUGCAAUCCGGAACGGCCAUACCGCAGUGGUGGAAAUUCUCGUCGACGCGGAAGCCGACUGGAAAGGGGUCCCACCGUCAAGCCUGGAGUUGGCUGCGGAGCGCGGCGACGAAGAUAUCAUCAAUGCACUGCUCCACUUUAUAAACCCCAGACGCGAGAAGGGGCGUCGAGUCGGUGGAUGUGGGCUGCAACUGGGGCGUGCCCUCCGGAUUGCGGCCGAACAAGGCCAUCAGAGCAUCACAACGGCGCUUUACAAUCAUGUUUCGCGGAUCCCCAAGACAUAUGUGCCCAAUGAUGAGUUUGGCCUGAUCUACUCUGCGAUUCACCAUGGCUGGCCUGAGAUCAUAGAACGGAUUCUCGCCCGGUUUGCUCGCCAGGGCAGCCUGCAGAAAGUAGCGGACAACCCAACCUUUCUCGUCUCGGCCGCCUCGCGGGGUAAUAUCGAGAUCAUCACUCAGCUACUCCGGGCGGGCAUACCGGCCAACUGCAACAACGGCUACCAGGGCCGCGGCCAAUACCCACUACAUCAAGCCGCGUGUAUGAGCCAGGCGGAGGCCGUAAGGGUGUUGUUGGAGUGGGGCGCAGACCCCAACCUCGUAACGGCAGUAGGGGAGAACGCGCUCAACGCCGCUAUGCGUGGCGGUGCCCCGCUGGAGGUCAUCCGGUUGCUUCUCGAACGCGGAGUUGAUAUCUAUGUUAAGGAUCGGAAUGGAAAGAGUCCGUAUGAGGAUGCGCAAACAACCAUCUAUGGCUACAAUGGUGAGCUACUUGAGUUGUUGAAGAAGUACGGAUAUGUUGAUCAGGCCGGGAAGCCUCGCCCUACCUCCUUUACCCUGGGGGACAAGAAGGAAUCUAUGUAGUGUAGUCUGUGACUGCGUGCUACUGCUUAUGAAUAAUGAUUUAACGUUGUG